AUGGGCUGGACAGACGAACCGCCCGCGACGCGUACACAAUGCCUUCUCAGUGCAUCAAAAGCAGCUCUCAAGUUUAACGAAGCAUGUCGACGCGCUUUUGCAGCCCUGCGCGAUGGCCAGACGCGCUCGGACGGUGCCCAGCUCAAGGAACGCGAUCUACAAAACGCGCGCUCACAUCCUGCCACUGUAGUCUUCUUCAAUGCGGUCGACCAGCCGGAGGGCAUGUUUCUAGUCGCAUCUAGCCUCCAUAUACCCGGGAUUGAAUGCUCACAGCAAGUUAAUGCGAUCAACCUCGCCCUCCUCUUCGAGUUGUUUAUGCCAGAAGCGAUCCGCCUUCAGCACCCUUUCCUUACAAACGAAGUCCCACUAGUCGACCCAGAAAAGGUCAACAGUCUCUAUAUCGCCGAUUCAGUAGAAGAAAAGCUGCAAAAGCUCUGGUACCCUGUGUCAACCUCGAUCGAGGUGCUCCUACAUCUUUGCGCGCAGCAAGACUUUGAAAACACCCUCAAAGCACUUCAAGGUGUCAUUUUAGAUGCUUGCACCACGAUCAUGGUCAUUGGCAAGCACACACUAAAGGAAGCCAUUGACAAGGAGCAAGACUGUAAAACAUACUUUGAUUCUAGUUUUAUCGAGAAUCCGUCUUUGGCUUCCAUCUUAACCAAGACGCAACAAGCGAAAGCAGUGGAAGUCUGGGACACCGCGCGACGCAAGCGCAUCAAUAAGGCAGGUUCCUUGGACGCCCCCACAUUCAAUUGGAUUUACCUUCUUCAGAUUUUGAAAUUAUCUCCCUCUGAGACAAUACGCAAGUACGACUGGGAGACCUUGUGCUUGCGCAUCGUGCACGAACUUGCAAGGAACCUCGUGCAAGCUACACAAAAACGAGCCGAAGAGGAGAUGGCUGAGAACACUUCUAUUCUGGAGCAGAGAGAAAAACGAGCGCACCAAUCCUCUGAACGAGCAUCCAGUAGUGACAGCAUCGCGUCUUCAAGCAAGGCCGUAGAUGCUACCAUCGUACAGCACAAGGCGGCGUCUACAAGAGCGACCCCGCCAAGAGUUGUUCGACGGGACGAAGCGACAGAGAGGGUUAUGUCUGAGAGCGUAUCACAGGACGUGUUCCCACUAGAUUCCAUUCCAGGACUUGGAGAUGAUGACGAGGCACUCGCCGGUUAUGGCCAAGAUGAAGGGGCUGCUCACGAACCAACUCCUGAACGCGAGACGACUCCAUUACCGAAACAAACUGUGAUACCGAAAGGCUUUCGAUUCAACGCACCGCAGCCAAAUGCCGUCAAGAUCAAUAUGACGCCGUCCCCCCCUUCGAGUAAGCCUAUGCAUACUUGGAGAAAGGUGAAGAAGGCAGCCCCGGUGGAUCGCACGAGGACAAUCUCGAGUAGCACGACCAAGUCGAAAGAAACCUUGCCAGUCAGGGCUGGGAGCACCGAGCGGGAAAACAAGCGCAAGUAUGUCAAAGAGUCUGAAGACGAGGAAGGCGAAUCGCCAAGGAAGAAGCAACGAGCUGGCGGGGACAAACCGCCGGAACUGGCUUUUGCUCGCAACGUUACGAGCACAAUUAUCCCUCGUGUGUCCAUUGCGAGUGGCACGACCCUGGUCGCGCCAACGAUCGGCAGUGGAAAGGAGAGAAUGCGUCUGGACGCUGCGAACAGAGACGUUCCUUCUGCCAUCAAGCUGCCGCCAAAAAGAAAGCCCGUCAUGGCAGCGACGAGCAGUGAUGAGAGUGAAGGCGAAAGACGUAAGCCCCACACGAGGAAGGCAAAACCACAAAAGGCAAAUGAUACGACAACGCCCAAGGUGGCUGAUAUUGCCGCGUUGCCUACGGUGAACGCUACCACUGCGUCGACAUCCAAAGCGGCAGUACCAGCGGCACGACCAACAGCCAAUACCGUCGCGUCGCGAGAUUUAGGGACCAACGACGUGACUACAGCAGCGAAAGCGCGUCUAGCCGCUCUUAGGGCACAACGGGAGGAAAAGGAGAGAAGACUUCGAGAAUUUGCGGACGGCGAGGCGGACAGCGACAUCGAGAUGCUUCCUGAGCCAAAAGCUUCCAAGUCUAAAUCCAAACCCAAGCCCAAGCCGCGGGUCAAGUCCAAGAAAAGCGACGACGACGAUUAUUCAAAUACGGACACCGAGGCUGAGACCGAGCGGGUAGAGGGAUCGGACUCCGAAGAUGCACUUCACCGUUCGAAGGACCGGCUAUCCGAGUUGCAAUCGCGAGCGAAGAAGAAUGUUCCACCCAUGGAACGACGCGCGCGACACCUCCCAAUUGGUUCAGACGAAGAGGAAGGUGAACCACAGGUGGAACAAGGGCAGGAACCGAAGAAGAAACGUGGACGGCCGCGUAAGGAUCCGGCGGACAAGACGCCGAAACCGUCUAUCAACCGAUACCGAACGGGCCACAAUGAGACGGGGCGUGUUCGGUGGACGAAGGAUGAGGACGCGACAUUGUUGUUUGCGAUCGAGGCAUUGUACUAUCGCAAACAGCUCACGAGGCCAUGGAACAUGAUCAUGAGCCAACAUGGGAUCCAUGGUACAGAAGAUCAAGUGUUGGCGAACCGGAAUGUGCAGCAGAUGAAGGAUAGGGCCCGGAACAUCGUAAUUGCCAAGGCAAAGAGACGGGAAGAGGUACCAGAGUACUUGAAUUGGAUUACGAUUCCGGCGGAAUAUAAGUGA